AUGUACAGCAACUGCGCCACCAACGGCAGCUCACCUGUUGUAUUUGCCAAUGACCCGCCUCUCGAGUUUGCCCUCGUCAGAAAGCCCCGGCAAGGCACGGCUUUGUCAGGUCAGGGUUACUCAUCGUUUUGGGCAUCGAUAUUCUACCAGGACGUAGACGGCAACAUCGUCAACUAUGUUGCCGUUUGCGAUCCAACCACGGGCAAGUUCACCGACAAGGGAACCACGGUCGUCUCAGCCCCUGGUACUAGUCCCGAGCCAUUGAACGGGACGGGGCUCAGCUCUGUCCCUUCCGUGGGCUCCCAGAGUUUCAAUCUCUACUACCACACGUCUGGUAUGGAGAUCCACCAAUACACCUAUGCCAACAAUGUGAAUGACAACAAAUGGGCGUAUGCGGGGGUGAUAUCGCGCGAGAGACCACUGACAACCACAAUGAAUGCCAUGGCCACCGAAUCAAGAAACAAGACAAUCGUCUAUCCGAAGAACAAGGACAAUCUACAGGUCUCACGGUUCAACCAAAUAUCAUCAUGGCAUAUGGAGUCGUUCCCUCACCCCUUGUCUGGUGAUUACUCACAGACCCUCAACACCACCAACUCUACCCUCUACCCGCUUGACCUGGAGACGCCCAUCAACUUCACCCUCCCGGCCUACGACGGCACCCAGAAGGGCCUCGGCAUGUCGACCGACAAGCAGUUCUCGCGCAGCGUCUUCUACGUCGGCACUGACCGCCGCCUCUACCAGAUCUCCAACAUCAACUACUUCUGGCGCAUCAUGACCAACCAGACCGAGAGCAUCUGGCCCCUGGCCGACGAGCCCGGGGCCGAGCUGGCCAUCGCCUGGGACUUCUUCACCUCCCAGGUCCGCAUCUAUUAUGAUGUCGGGGGUGCCCUGACCGAGGUGCGCUUUGACGAGGACGGGAUCUGGAAGCCCGCCAGGGCCGUGGCGACAACCGCGGAGGUCGCUGCCAAAGAGUCUGCUGGAGAUCCUGAGACUUCUGGAGCCAAGAACAGCAGCAGUAGUACUGAGCCGCUCUCUCUUGGAGCCAAGGUGGGCAUCGCUGUGGGUGCUACUGUCGGCGCGCUCGUCCUCGCUGGAGCCCUCGCCUGUAUGCUGGCGAGAUGCGUGCGGAGACGUAAUAGAGAAGCGGCCGAGGGGGCCGUAAGCAAGUCAUCGUCGACGGAUGAUGUGCCUUCGUCACCGAUGACACGGACAAGUGGCGGCGAUGAGAAGUCGGUUGAGGUGCUGACGCCGGAGCUUGUCGGAGGGAAAUUGGCCCACGAGAUGGAGGAGCAGCUGCGUGCCCAGGAGAUGGAAGAACAGCGGCGUAUCCACGAGAUGAUCACGACUAGUAACGUUCCAGAGUUGGCGGGAGGGAGCACGAGCUCACGUUCUUCUUCUUCUUCAACAAGGACAACGGAUAACCAUGGGCCAGUGGUGUAG